UGUUGGAACUAACAAGGACACAGCACAGCCAGUAUGUAUGAGUUGUAAUGUGACCACCACAGAAUGUACCUUUGCCGAUGCCACUUUCAGUCAAAAUACUAAUUGGUUUGUGUUGAACUGUGAGGGCGCUGGUCUUCCUCAAUCCAUACUAUACAGUGCAUUAGACCUGUCUAUUAUGUACAUGCUUGAGAGCAAUGCCAAGGUUGCAAACAAGCUGAAAAGAAAAGCUGUUCCUACCAAGAAAUACUUAGAGAUUCCAAUUGAAGGAUACAUAAUGAAUGCUCAGUUGACGUUGCCAGCUAAUAUGGAUAAUGCACGGAAACAUGCCUUACUGGUAGAUGUCUAUGGUGGACCAGGAAGUCAAAAGGUACAGGAAACAUUUCAGCUAGGUUGGCCAGCAUAUUUGGCUAGUCAAUAUAAUGUUAUUGUGGCUAGUAUUGAUGGUCGUGGUGCUGGUAACUAUGGUGAUAACUACUUGUUUGAGCUUUAUAAAAAAUUUGGAACAGUUGAAAUCGAAGAUCAAAUGCAGGGUGCAGAGUAUAUAAAAGAGCUGAGUUAUAUUGAUAGCAAUAAAGCUGCGAUAUGGGGAUGGUCUUAUGGUGGCUUCGCUUCAGCAAUGGCAUUGGCUACUGGUGAGACAUUUAACUGUGCAAUGUCAGUCAGUCCAGUAACAGACUGGAGAUAUUAUGAUUCCGCGUAUACUGAGAGAUACAUGGGCUUUCCAUCAGAUAACUUACAAGGAUAUUUAGCUUCUAAUGUUUCUUCACUUGCUAAGAAUUUUAUAGAUAAAAGUUUUUUAGUCGUACAUGGGUUAGCUGAUGAUAAUGUUCAUUUUCAAAACACUGCUAAUUUAAUUAAAGCUCUGACACAUUUUGAAGUGGACUAUGAAGUACAGUUCUACACAGACAAAGCACAUGAUUUAGCAGGGUUGCAUACGCGAAGACACCUAUAUCGUCUACUAACAAAACAUCUUAUUCAGUGCCUCAACCUAGAACAAUGA